AUUGGUCUUACUUCAACUUUCCCCUGAACUUUUUUAGAGCCUGCACUUUCAGAGGACAUGACACCAAUACCACCAUUUUUAUCAGUUCAGUUUAUCAGGUAAUUGUUAAAAUCUUGCUAAUCUUGCAGUAAUUAAUGUUGCAAAACCAUCAAGCAGAGUUAUUUCUUGUGUUACUGCAUUGUAUGACUUUGACUUUGACCUUGAACAUAUCACAAUCUCUGGUUCUCCAAAGCUGAGGUUAGAGCCGCUAUAAUCAGAGCAGUGUCCCUGGUACAACCCGUUUCUGGGUCACUCCUCAGCCCUCUGAGAGGGUCCCAUCCGCACAGGCAGCAGAAAGAGAGAGAGGGGAUGGUAUUUAUAGAAAAAUGGGGCUUUGCUGUACCUUUUCUUGCGAACAAACCGUUUCAGGACCAAGUAAGCGUGUCCCAGAUUUGUGAUCAUCAUUUAGCCACAGGGUUGGGACUGAGGUGGAGAGUGGACUGCUUGGCCCACGAUGGAGAGCCAGCCUUUCUGUGGCUCUCCCUUGUCCACAGGCCUUGUCUUCAUCAUAUCUCAGUGAUUUUGAUCAGACUGGAACACAGACCUUUACAAAUGUAACCUGUAGGAUGCAGUUUAUUUGACCGGUGGGUCAGAGGAGUUUGGGGACUGUGAGGCAAAGCUGAGGCGCGGCAGAAAAGUGUCCCAGGGCACACUGCGGUCCCCCACGCUGGGGGGAAGGAAGGCUGGCUGGAACGUGCCCUGCCGCAAGCCGGGCAAGGAUGAGGCGUUUUCUGAGCAGAAAGGGCCGCUUCUCCCUGCGCCAGAGCGUCAAGUCUGGGACCCGUAGUGCCUCCAAAGAUUUUUUUCUGGGCCUCCCUCCAACCAAUCAGAACUGGCCUGAGGCGUUUGGUUUCCGACUGGGUGGCACUGGGCCAAGUUACAUCUUAUCAGUGGUGGAGGGUAGCAGUGCUUACCUGGCAGGCUUACAGCCAGGGGACCAAGUGGUGGAUAUAGAAGGGCAGGAUGUGACCAACCUGAGCACACCAGCGCUCAUCGCUUUGGCUCAGACGCUGAAGACAGUGCCUCCGAGUAUUGGAGUGGUGUCAAGGAUUAAACAGAUUGACAUCAGUCCAGGCCCUGAUGGUCGUUUUGGCUUCACUAUUGUGGGAGACAGCCCCCUCAUGGUAGAGGAGUGUGCACCCACUGGACCAGCUGGUCUCUGUGGUCUCAAAGCUGGAGACUAUGUCCUGGAGGUCAAUGGUAUCCCAGUGAAACACCAUGAAACUGCAGCGGCCAUGAUCAAGGCUGCCCAGGGCCGGCCUCUGCGCCUGGGUGUGCUUAGUAUGGCUCGCCGACCCAAACGCCUCAGCAGCAGCAUGAGAGUUGUGUCUCAGAGUGGAGACAGCGUGAGGGACAGCCGAGCACAUAAAGCCAUGGAGUUUAAUAAGAAGGUGGAGGAGGUGCUGGGAGAGGAGGCAGAUGUGAAGGAGCACCUGUUUGACGUGCUGAAGCAGUACGCGGCCGACAGAGAUGUGGAGAGUUUGGCUGAAGCUCUGCCGGACAUCCUCAUCACAGAGGAGCACCAGCAGCUCAUUGACAGUGUGAGGAUCUUUAUCCCUAAGAAGCACCGGGAACGCUUUGAUGAGGUCGUCUCCCAAAACCUGAUGAGUCGAAUCAAGGGUCGCAGCUUCAGUGACCCCAGCCGCAGCCACCUUCGCCGCAGCCGAAGCGAGGACCACCCAGAGCGCCUCCUAGUUUCAACCCGGGCCAGUUCAGUGCCCCGGACCCACGCAGAGGAAGGUGCGGCCCCUCCCACCAGAGGCGUGAGGAAGACCACCUCUCUCAUCGCUGGACACUCCAGCUCCUCUACAAACUGCAGGACUGUCAGAGUUUGCAAAGGUAACAUGAGUUUUGGCUUCACUCUCCGAGGACAUGCUCCAGUCUGGAUUGACUCCGUCAUUUCUGGAAGUCCAGCUGAUAAGGCAGGUCUGAAACCUGGAGAUCGUAUUCUGUUUCUGAAUGGACUGGACAUGAGGACUUCCUCCCAUGAGAAGGUGGUUUCCAUGCUUCAGGGAAGUGGUGCUAUGCCCACUCUGGUGGUGGAAGAAGGUCCUGCUAACUUUGCCCUGUCAGAGCCAGACUUGGCCGGUGGCAGUGGUCCCACAGAGCGCUCCCGCUCUCCCGCGCUCAGCUCGCUGCAGUGGAUCGCAGAGAUCCUCCCUCCCAGUAUCCGUGUUCAGGGACGCACUUUUGGACAGCAGCUGGAGCACCUUCUGACCAUCCAGGAACGCUACACCAUCUGCAAAGCUCUAGAGAACUUCUUCCAGCACAGGAAUGUGGACACUCUGAUUGUGGACGUCUUCCCAGUGCUGGACACUCCUGCCAAGCAGGUUAUCUGGCAGUUUGUUUACCAGUUGUUGACUUAUGAAGAGCAGGAACACUGCCAAAACAAGAUCUCACGCUUCCUGGGAUACAAAGCCCCAGUCCCCCCUCCUCCCCCUCCCCCUCCUCCUGAGCCUGAGUCUGAGCCAGCCCCUGAGCCUCAGCGGCGCAGCAGCUCCAUGAGAGUGACAGGAAACACCUACAAGAGCAGUGUGAGAGGACGCAGCUCAGAUGACCUGGUCAUUGGCACUCACCUGGGAAUGGGCAUGCGUGCCGAGCCAGUGCCCGAGACGGGCAUGAGGCUGGCUCCAGGGGAAAGACAGUCGGGUGAUGGGACUUCUCUUCCUGAGACCCCCAACAACCUCACCAAUUUAUCUGCUGUGUAUGCUGAACUAGAGAAUAUGUACUCAUCUAAGAGGUCCAAGUCUUUGAAAAGCCGCCCUCCUCCAGCACCAGAGAGUGUGCUAGAACUGGACCGUCAGUCCUGCACAGCAUCUCCUCUGAGCCAUGCCAACACAGGAAGCGCCCCACCACCCUCUUCUUGGUCUGAGCCUCUGUCCAGUUCCCCUCCUCAUUUCUAUCCCGGGGGAUUAACCAGUCAGCCCAGUGCUGAGUCCAACCCUUACAUUAGUCUGGAUAGCCCCCUGCCAUCACCUCCAGAACCCAAUGACUUCCCAUCCAGUCCCCCUCCACAACGACACAACAAGAGGCGCUACACUUUCUCCAAGCCCCCCCGCUCUGAGGAUACUGACCGCUUCCUGGAUGCUCUUAGUGAACAGCUGGGACAAAAGGUGGCCAUUGUUGAUGACUUCCUGAACCCUGACAAUGACUAUGAAGAGGAUGUUGUGCAGAUGGGAUUUCCAGAUGAGGAGGAAGAUGAAGAUGUCAAUGAAGAGGUGGGAGGUGAAGAGGAGGAAAAUGGUGGCUUUGUGGCUCCAGAGAUGAGCAGCCCCAGUGACGUUCAGAGCAGCAGCGGUGAAGAGCACAUGUCCUCUCUCACCUACUCCUCCUCCUCUGACCAGAUCCCCCCUCCUCCCAUGAGCCCCCCUCCCCCUCCUCCUGUCCAGUUCAACGACCUACCUCCACCACCGCCUCCUCCACCCACACAAUCCCAACGCCACCACCACCCACAACAACAGCAGCCACAGGUGAGCUUCACCCCAGAGCAGUCCCCGAGGUCUUACGUUCCUAUACGUCGCAAAUCGGGUCCACCCCCUCCUCCACCGCCUCGCAGCAACCCCCCACCAAAACGCCACUCUCUUCACAAAGUCCUCCCGACAAGAGAAGAGAUGCAGGCCCGUGCCACCAUCCAGGAGCUAAAAGCUUAUCAAGAACGGCAAGCAUAUGGAGAGCAGCAAUCAUUCAAGAAAAGACAGGAGGGGCAGCAGGCGUAUAAAGAAAGACAGGCAUAUGAAGAACAGAAAGCUUUUGAGGAGCAACAACUUCUUCAAGAGCAGCAGGCCUAUCAAGAGAAAUGUUUCAAGGAGAGGCAAGCCUACGAGCAACAGAAGGAGUAUGAGGAGCAGAAAGCAUAUGAAGAACAACAACAACAACUGUAUCAAGAGAGACAGGCAUAUGAGAGGAGACAGCAAAGGGCGUACGAGAAGGCCUAUCAGGAGCAGAGAGCUUACGAAGAACAACAACAGGCCUAUGAAGAACAACAAAUGCACCAGAUCUACCAGAGCCACCACUCCAUGCCCGCCCAGCCCACACAGAAAGUCCCUUCCCCUCUGCCACUCCAGCAGCUGCACCAGUCUCUGCCUCCCUUGCCCACUCCACCUGAUCCCAUGAUGCAUCGCUCCAACCAUCAGUUCUACAUGAUGCGACAACAGCAGCAGCAGCAGCAGCAGCAGCAGCAGCAGCAGCAGCAGCAGCAGCAGCAGCAGAAUUACCUCAUGCACAGAAGACAGUCCCGCUCCGCACCACCCCCGAACCCGCCAGCCCCUCAGCCCAUGGGACAUCAGCAGAUAGGGCAGGGGCAGUACCAGGAGGGCAUCUACCAAAGCCACCAAGGGCUGAGGGCACCACCGCACCACUCCUCCACAGAGAUGCUUCACCAGAUGCACCCGGCCCAGGCACACCACUCCUCCAUAGAGAUGCUUCACCAGAUGCAGCAGCUAGCCCAAAGCCACCACUCGCCUGCUGAGGUCUUCCAGCAGAUGCAGCACACUCACUAUCCCUCACAAAAUGAGAUUCUUCACCAAAUGCACAAAGCCAAGGUCCACUACUCGUCCGCUGAGCUGCUGCACCAGCCCCACCACUCCUCCACAGAAAUGCUCCACCAGGCCCCACUCAUGCACCACGGGCCACCACACCACGGCUCCACCGAGCUGCUCCACCAACCAGACCCACCCAUGCCCCCCGCCCAUAUAAGCAGGGACAGCCACUCACAUCAGAGCCGACGCAGUAUGAAAGGGCAUCACCAGAGUCAAGCUCCGCCUUCGCAAGUCCAGCAGCAUCCCCAACCCACAAAACCGUCCCCUCAGAGACCUCACUCUAUCCAGCAAACACAUCACCAGAUCCAAAACAUCCGUCACAUGACCCCACAACCUCCGCCCCAAGACUACCCUCAUCAAAUCCACGUCAUUCACCCGCCCCAGCAACAACUAAACAGAACCCAGCCGCUACUUUCCACAUUCCAACCCCUCCAACCGACGCCGCCCCCUCUGCCGCUCUCUACCUUUCAGCCCCUGACCACUCCGAUAGGCCGGCCACAGUCCCAGCCCUCUCAUCACCUGCUCCACUCCCAGCCCCUACCCCCACCCCCUCCUCCGGCUCACCAUCACAAACAACAGCAGCAGCAGCAACAGCCGCAGCAGCAGUUUCACAGUGAUGCUCAACAGCCCCAGUCUCUGCCCCACUCACUAUCCGAUCCAGAGCACCUUGAACCACCUGCACCACCACCCCUACCCCCUCCCUGCUCUCCCCCACCACUGCCCCGGCCCAGUCUGUCCCGGAUGGACUCGCAUCAUCUGAGCGUCAAGAGGCUACGCUGGGAGCAGGUGGAGAACUCCGAGGGAACCAUCUGGGGACAGUUGGGGGCAAGUUCAGAUUAUGAAAAACUGCAUGAUAUGGUAAAGUAUCUUGACCUGGAGCUUCACUUUGGACAACAAAAGAACUCAGCACCAGGCCCAGAGGCAACGACUCAGCCCGAAACCACAAAAAAGAAAGAUGUGAUUGAAAUUUUAUCCCAUAAAAAAGCGUACAAUGUCUCGAUCCUGAUUGCGCACCUGAAGCUGUCCCCUGGAGAGCUACGGCAGGUCCUGCUGCGGAUGACCUCUGACCGUCUGGAGACGUCUCACAUCAAACAGCUGCUCCUGUACGCCCCUGAUGCUGACGAGGUGCACAGGUAUGACGAGUACAGGAAGGAUCCCAGCAAACUCAGCGAGCCUGACCAGUUUGUCCUUCAGAUGUUAUCAGUGCCCGAGUACAAAACACGUCUGCAGUGUCUCCUCUUCAAGAACACUUUGCAGGAGAAGACUGAAGAGCUCAGAGGAGCAUAUGAUUGUAUUUAUAAGGCUUCUAUGGAGCUGAAGACCAGCAAGAAACUUGCUAAGAUACUAGAGUUUGUGUUAGCUAUGGGAAAUUAUCUAAAUAACAGUCAACCUAAACCCAACAAGACAACUGGCUUCAAGAUUAAUUUUCUUACUGAGCUGAGUACCACUAAAACAGUUGAUGGGAAAUCUACAUUUCUGCACAUACUUGUCAAGUCAUUAUGUCAACACUUUCCUGAAGUGUUGGAUUUUUCCAAAGAUCUUACUAUGGUUCCACUUGCAGCGAAAGUCAACCAAAGGAGUCUCACAUCAGACCUGAACGACCUUCAUUCAACUAUCCAGGACAUCCGCACAGCCUGUCAGAAGAUGCCUGCUACUGCUGAGGACCGCUUUGCAGUGGUCAUGAGCAACUUUCUUGAGAACAGUCAUCCAGCUCUACAGUCUCUCGAGUCGUUACAACAGAGAUCUAUGGAAGAGUUUGUCAAAACUGCCUCUUACUUUGGGGAAGAUGGAAAAGCCACCAGCACUGAGGCCUUCUUUGGCAUCUUUGCUGAAUUCAUUUCCAAGUUUGAGAGAGCUCUAAGUGAUCAGCAGGCAGCAGAAAACCCCAAAAGCCCCAGAAGCCCACACAUGACAUCAUCACUGGCCUGGUAGCGCAGCAUUAUGUGGAAAUACAAAUAACCUAUAAGCAAAAAAUAAUAACAACACAAAAUGUGACUUUUUUAAUAUGAACUGUUAGCUGUAAAGGUUUGUUAGAUGUCAAGUCAUAUAGAUCAUAUGUUAGCUAAAUAUGAAAAUUCAAUACUUGCGUUGUUUUUGCGUUAAAUUAUAUUAUGUAGACAUCUAACUCUUAACUAAGCCCAAAUGUUGAUUCAUGAGUUCUUCUGUAUGUGCAAUACAUACAUUAUGUUUCAGUUAUCCAAUGCACAAUGUCAUGAUCUACAUAAAGAGAGUUACUAUUGCUCUUCAUAUAGCAAGAAUCAGUUUAAUUUUAGAUCAAGUCAAGAUAAGUAUUGUAAUGUAUAAUACUGUUAUAUUUUUGUAAGCUUUAAGGACAGACGGAAGUUUGUAAUUUAUUUAUCAUACUGACGGAAAUGUUUGACAGAAUAUAAAGUGAAUUUAUAUACUGAAAGGUUAUGCAAAUACAAUGAUGUUAUUGAUCAUUAAACAUAUUUAAUAUUAAAUUCAUUAUGUAUUACAUUUUAACAUUUAAUUACAGUUUAGAGUUGAAUCGAAAAAACUAAAUAAACAAUUUCUAAUGUUGUUAUUGAAGUAUUACAGACAGUGGGCAGCGUGCAAUAUAGACUUUUGGCUCAUUGUAAAAUAUCCAAUAUGUAUCUACGUACUUGCUUAUCCUUAUGUCAACUCUGACAAAUAAACAAAUGUUUAAAUAA